AGACACUACCUCCUUGGAAGAUUCUUCUAUGUCAGGACUGAUCGUCAGACUUUGAGGUGGAUGAGGACACUUGUACUCUCCGAUGCUUUGAAACGCUGGAUCGAAGUCAUACAACAGUAUGACUUUGAACCUCGGUACAUCAAUGGGGAGUACAACGAGGUGCCUGAUGCGCUGUUGCGUAGGCCAGAAUUCCUUGGUGCGCUGAUCACUGAGUUCGGGCUUGCGGACGAUAUUACUCAGUCCUUGGUGGAAGCCUAUCGCGAGGGUCUGUUCAUAAAGGAGAUCACAUGCAGACUCGAGGCGAAAGACAAGGUCACUUCGAAUGAGUUUGUGUUGGUCAAUGGCCUGCUGUUCCUCAAGAAGGCUGUGAAUAAACGUUUCAAAGAUGAAGCAGCCAGCCAAGGAACUGUUGAUGAUGAUGUAGAAGCAUUUGACAGUGCUCCAGAGGACCUCGACUCUGAUCGCUCUGAAACAUGCAGUGCACCGAGCACUGGUGCCCAUGGUCGUCAAAGCUUGAGCAGGCGGCGGACGAGUGACUACGAUGCCGAAACGGGGCAGUCAUCUUCACAGUGCGUAGGGAAGAUCCCCAUGUCUUUUGAGGGACGGGAUUGUGAACUGCUCAGAGAUCUGUUUAUUGACAAACUUGGUUGCCUGCUUGACAGCGGCUGUUGGAAGAAACACUCUCCCGAUCACGAGACCGUGAGUCAGUCCCCUGGCAUUAUGGCAAGCCAAUCCGCGGUGUUGACUCCAAAGGAUGUCGCCAUCCAGCAGGCGGCCCUGCAGGAGGCACAGCUACAGCGGGCUUUAGGAGAGAGAAAGGCGGAAAAGGAAAGAAUGAUCAGAAGAAGAGCCAGGAUGCAGCGAAGAGAGACAGACAUAGAGGAGUUAGAGACGAUGGACCUGACGAACAUGGAUGAUGAUGUGAGGGUAGUCAGGAGAGCUCUGCUAGGGGUAAUAGAGAUGCAAGAGCAUCAGACCACCAUCCUUCACGACAUCCAGCAGAGCCUAGCCAUACUGGCAAAACGUUCUCAGGCAGCACCAUCACCAGCUGGGCCUGGUGCCUGGCCCGUGCCAUAUCCUCCCUUCUUUGUCCCACCGGUGACUGGGGUAUCCCCAUGUGUAGCCCCGUCAACGGUUGCGAUCGUUUCCCUAGGCAUGCCGCUGUCAGGAGGGGUAACAACAGGGAGUAGUUUACAGGUUCCUGUACAGACAGUGUUUACUCCAAGUCCGUCACAGGUUGCAGUCACCACGCAGCCUGUUGUCUCACAGCCAGUGCAGCCUCUGGGCACACAACCCCAGCAGCUAGCACAUCAACCUGUUUCACCGGGUCCACAACCUGGAAUGAUGCAGGGACCGGGACAGACACAGUGGGUUCCGAAGACGGCCAUCGCCGCUCCCAAACCUUUUACAGGGGACAAGAGAGGCGAGGACCUUGACACAUGGUUGAGGGCAGUGCCGGUCUACGUCAGGUGCAAACUCACCUUGCCGCACGAAGAAGUGCUUGUGGCUGCCUCCUACCUCGAGGGUAGUGCAGCGAGAUGGUUGAGCGAUCUAGUGCAACUUCAGGGAUAUGGUCAUGACUUUCGCGCUUGGGCUGCCUCCCAGAAAUUGGAGGACUUCCUGAAGAUGGUGGAAGAGAGGCGGCAUGAUCCUCAGGAGGCCCAAAGGGCCACUGACGCGAUCCUGACACUGCACACGCGGCAGUUUAAGUCAGUAAGGGAAGCCACCGACACUGUUGAGCGUCUGAUCUGUGUCCCCGGGGUGCGUUAUGAUCCCCAGGUCCUGUUGACUUCGUACCUGAGAUGGUUUUCUCAGCCUCUCAGGAACCAGUUGGCAAAAGAGGCCAACAUCAAUAUGCACAACUUUCCUUCGUUUAGCAAGGUGGCCCUUGACCUUGAAGCAAAGAUAGGGCAUGGACAGGCACCCACUACGAAAGGGAGAAAGAAGACAUUGCCUCCCAACUGGAAGGCGAAGGGUCGCUUAAUGUUUGUCGACAACGAUGGUUCAACCAUCGAGUUGGACGGCAACCUCCAGGAGGGGGUAGGUUCAGAGGCAGGCAGCUUAGACGCUUCAGAGGGUGGAGUGGUCGCUGCCGUAGCACAAAAAGGUCCAGGAGACGAGAGAAGAUUGCGGAGAGAGGCUAGAGAGAGAGCAGCGGCAAGGAGAGUGAGGGAAGCUGAGGAUAGUGUCAGGACUAGAAUUACAGCUAGCACAGGUGCAGCCAUGGCUACUUCAUCUACCAUGUCGCAAACCUCUUCACAGUCCACUUCGUCAGGAGUCAUUCAGAGUGGUGCUCAGGGGUCCAUUAGCCAGACUGCUAGCUUGCAACUCACGGCGGAGGAUUUAGAAAUCCGUCAAGCAGAAGAACUUCAAGAUGAGCUACAGCGGCAGCUGGCUGAAGCAGCAGAGAGGAGAAGAAAAGCCAUACUUAGAAAGGCUAGACUAGGGAGUAGAAUGCAGGAGCUAGGCAGGCUGGAAGUACUAGAUGAGGCGGCAUUAGAUCCUGUUGUUCGUGUGCUGCAUAGUGCCUUACUUUCAGUGGCUGAAGCGCAGAACGUCCAGCAGGAAUUGCUGGCCGAAUUAGUGGCAGGCCAGAAACAAAUCCUGGCUGAACUUCGGGUUCCUCGCACAACAGUGAGGCAGCCGCAGUUUGUUGUAGUUCCCGCUGCGGGUGCGGGUCCUUCAUCGACGCCGCAACACACAGGGUCAACUUUCUCUCCUAUGUUUGGCAUACCCCCUCCAGGUGGUUUAGUAGCAACUAGUGGUCCGGUUCAUAGAGUCUCAACCGUACCAUCUACAACAGUGGUAACUACAGUCCCACUGUCAAGCCAGGCCCAGGUUAGUGUCCAACAACCUGUUUCAGUGGCUAUGCAGCCACUGCAGCAAGCCCCUGGGCCCAUGCAGCCUAUGCAGUGGAUGCCUAAGAUACCUCUAAUGAGUCCCAAGCCCUUCUCUGGAGAUAAGAAGAAGGAAGAGGACUUGGACACCUGGGUGAGGACAGUGCCCACUUAUGUGAGGCACAAGCUCACAAGGCCAGAGCAGGAAGUUGUAGUGGCUGCCUCCUUUUUAGAGGGGUCAGCAGCCCACUGGUUGAAUGGCUUAGUUCAGCAACAGGGCUACGGUCAAAACUUCGAUGCCUGGGCACAGGCCCAUACAUUGGAAGAGUUCGUACGGUCCGUGUAUAACAGGUGGCAUGACCCGCAAGGGGCUCAAAAGGCCACCGAUGCUAUCAACAAUCUUUGUGCCCGUAGGUUCAACGAUGUUAGAGAGCUCACGGAUACCGUAGAGCGUCUACUCGUGGUACCUGGUGUACGCUUUGGCCAGCAGGUUCUCCUGACGGAUUACCUAAGGUGCCUACCUGCAGAGGUAAGGAACAAGCUGGUUGAUGAGGCCUAUGUCGAACAGCACACCUUCGCUUCUUUUAGUAAGAAAGCUCUGGACAUCGAGGCAAAGUUGGGAUCUGCGCAUAAGGCAUCUUAUGAUGGUAGGAAGAGACUGCCCCAAGAUUGGAAGAAGAAGGGUCAGUUAAUGUUCGUUGACCACGAUGGUCAAAAGACUGAGAUUGACGAUUUCCCAGAUCUUGGGGAGUUGACAGAGCAGGAUGGGGCCAGCGAGACUUCGGAUGGGGGAUUUGUGGCACCUAUCAAGGAAAAGGCUAGGGGGACCGGGAAGAAGAAGGUAGUACGGUCCACGGGUCAGGGAGACCAAGGGACACCCGCAUGGGUGAAGAUUGGUUUGGAUUACGAGGAUCAGGGAAGAAGUACUAUAGCCUCCCCAAAAACGAAAAUGAAAUUCGGCAACGAAAAUGACGCGAUCAACAGGCCCAGCGAAGGGGGAGGAGCCGGACCGAGCAGGGAGCGGAAGACCGCAAAGAGAAAAUUGUAUAUAGGGUACCUGUCCAAACAAGUAGUGGGCAGGGGGGCGAGAAAACAGGUGUGUAGAGGGCCCUCGCCUCCCAGAAAGGGAGAAGGGAUAUAUGUCUCGUUAGGGAGUGAGAGCGAGAAAGAGAGAACGAGUAUGGGAGAAGCGGGCAGAUCGGGAGGAGAGAGGGCUCAGGCCUCUGCCGAAAAGAAGGUCGAGGAGUGCAAACAACGUGAGCCUUGGUGUGAGGGGAGCGAAGAAAAACAGGACAGGAACGACGGGUGCGAAGAAGGGGAAGAAGGAAGGGAGAGUCUGCAUGAAGAGCGGGGCGGCCACGACAGUCGUGAGGGGAGGUACAUGGACUUUGGGGAAGGAUAUGAAAGGAGGGCGGACGUCCCUUAUAACCUAGAUCCGAAGAACUCCAUGGGUGAGUUCAGCCCCGUACGAACGGGAGAGGGUGAGGACGAGGAGGAAGAAGUACAAGAGGUCAUCGAGAUUAGUAGUGGCGAUGAGAGGGAUGAAAUCUCAAGACCCAGAGAGGAAAGGCGGCCCCCCACGAACCGGCCACGAUAAGGAUCAUUCAGAUGGGAAGAUGAGUUUGGGCCAACGCCCAACCAUUGGUUUGAGCAAUGGAUUAGUGUAAUCAAGCAUGACUGGAUUA